CUCGAAUCUCUCCUUCCGUCGUGCGAUGCGUGAUAGAGAAGUGCGGCAGUGUCCGCCAUGGAAUCCCUCUUCACCAAUCUCUAGCUUUCUUCAAUUGGGCCACUUCACGAGACGAUUACGACCAAAAAUCGCCUCAUCCUUACAACGAAAUGAUUGAUCUUGCAGGAAAGGUUAGACAAUUCGACUUAGCUUGGCAUUUGAUUGAUCUCAUGAAAUCGAGAAACGUCGAAAUUUCGAUUGAAACCUUCACGAUUUUGAUUAGACGUUAUGUUAGAGCUGGUUUAGCUUCAGAGGCUGUACAUUGCUUUAAUCGUAUGGAAGAUUACGGUUGCGUUCCUGAUCAAAUCGCGUUUUCGAUAGUUAUUAGUAAUCUUUCUAGGAAGAGGAGAGCUAGUGAAGCUCAGUCGUUUUUCGAUAGUUUGAAAGAUAGGUUCGAGCCUGAUGUUAUAGUUUACACCAAUUUGGUUCGUGGGUGGUGUAGAGCUGGUGAAAUCUCUGAGGCAGAGAAAGUGUUCAAGGAGAUGAAAUUGGCUGGGAUUGAACCUAAUGUGUAUACUUACAGCAUUGUGAUCGAUGCGUUGUGUAGAUGCGGGCAAAUCAGCCGUGCGCAUGAUGUUUUUGCGGAUAUGUUAGAUUCGGGCUGUGCUCCAAAUGCCAUUACUUUCAAUAACCUGAUGAGGGUUCAUGUGAAAGCAGGAAGAACAGAGAAGGUUUUGCAGGUUUAUAACCAGAUGAAGAAGCUAGGAUGCGAGCCUGAUACUAUUACUUAUAACUUCCUCAUUGAGACUCAUUGCAGAGAUGAGAAUCUGGAAAACGCGGUCAAGGUUUUGAACACGAUGAUCAAGAAGAAGUGUGAAGUGAAUGCUUCGACUUUCAAUACGAUAUUUAGGUACAUCGAGAAGAAGAGAGACGUGAAUGGCGCGCAUAGGAUGUAUUCGAAAAUGAUGGAAGCAAAAUGUGAGCCGAAUACGGUGACUUAUAAUAUUCUGAUGAGGAUGUUUGCCGGGUCGAAAUCUACUGAUAUGAUUCUGAAGAUGAAGAAGGAAAUGGAUGAUAAAGAGGUUGAACCGAAUGUGACUACCUAUAGGCUUCUGGUUACAAUGUUUUGUGGGAUGGGACAUUGGAAUAAUGCUUAUAAGUUGUUUAAAGAAAUGGUUGAAGAGAAGUGUUUGACACCGAGCUUGUCUUUAUAUGAGAUGGUUCUUGCUCAGUUAAGAAAAGCUGGGCAAUUGAAGAAGCAUGAAGAGCUGGUGGAGAAGAUGAUUCAAAAGGGACUCGUUACUCGGCCAUUAUAGGAACUAGGAACCUUCCAAGCAUCAAAGAAUAAGCUCUUUUUCUCAGG